AUGUCUGCAUAUCUACGCUCAUGGCUUCCGUCAUCUCUUGCACCCGCUCCUUCGGCACCGACAGACUCGGAAGAUACCGACUCUCAAACGACACCGACGAACAUAACCGUUGAUCUUCCCGAAGAAGACGAUGAUGUGGCACCCUCAUUUCCCGCGCAGAAUAGCGCUCAACGCGCGUCCUCGUCACGCGCGCUCGAUGUCCCUCGUAUUCUCGGCGACUCUGCGUUAAUGCCGCCACCUCCCGUGCCUGCACCGGUUCGCAAUCCACUCGGCACUCCUUCAUCAGGAGGCGGAUUACUCCCUCCUUCUGUGACGAUCAAGAACCCAGCACUCAGCCCGGCUCAGAAGAAGCGCCAAAAAGUUGCCCUUGCACCAGGGCACAGUCCGCUUGAUUGGGCGAAUCUCAAGAAAUCUGGCGAAGAUAUGAGGGGAGGAGUCACUCAACUAAUGCGCAUCCCUCCAUCUGUACUCAAACAGCACAAUAAGCGAGACGAUGCCUGGUCUGCAUUCAGUGGGAAGGUCUACAACAUCACGCCGUAUAUCGACUUUCAUCCUGGCGGCGCGCGAGAGUUGAUGCGAGUAGCUGGCAGAGACGGGACGAAACUCUUUGCUGAAACACAUUCAUGGGUCAAUCUAGACUACAUGCUAGAUUCAUGCAUGGUCGGCUUUCUGGUGUCGGAGUAG